AUGGGUUUACUCGACGAAAUUCUCGCACACUCAACCCUCAACAGUGGGGAUAUCUGGGUGUGGAGUGACCAUUGGAAGAAGCUUUCAUCAAUCAAUCCGAAGCCAUAUGGGGGCCUGCCGGCAGCGACAAUGCGAAUCACACGAAGAGACCUCAAGCGCAUUUUGAUCGAAAAGGCCGAACGAACAGAUACGAUAUGGAAAUGGAAUACCACCUUUUCAGGGGCAGAAAGGUUGUCAAAUAACAAAAUCCGUGCUACCUUCUCUACAGACGAAGGGAAAACUGUAUCCAUGGAAGAUUGCGACCUGCUCGUCGCGGCCGACGGGACGAACAGCGCAGUGGGAGACGCCUUUCGACCUGGUGAUAUGAAGCUGCAUUACACCGGCGCAACCCAGAUUGGUGGGAUCUCGCGUCUUCCCGAUGGCCUUCCUCAUCCCAUCCAUGAAGACUACGGCCUACAGAUGUCCUCGGGAGAAGGGGUAUGCUGCAUUUACACCCCCUUCGACAAUAAGACAGUCGCCUGGGCAUUGAGUCGCCUGGAGCCUGAGCGAGCGGCCAAGAGCAACUUCACCAUGGAAGAAUUCUCCUCCCUCAAAGAAGAGGCUCUUCAAGCGGCGUCCAUGUUUCAAGAGCCUUUCAAAACGGUCGUUGAAGCUACGGAUCCAGAUACAGCAUUCAUUCGACCAGCCCACGAAAGACCAGCAUUCCGGCAUGAUGCACGCUUACGAGGUGUCAUGUUUAUCGGCGAUGCCAACCAUGUGCUUAAUCCAUUCGAGUUCGUCGGUGCAAACUUGGCGCUCAAGGAUGGAUGGGACUUGGCGGAGCAGAUUUGUCGGAAUGCCACGAUGGAAAGCACCGUUGUCUCGUACGAUAAAUCCAGUAUUCCUCGGUUUGAAAAUGUCUACAAGUUCUCCCAUACUAGACUCGGAUUCGGGCAUAGCACUGGGCUGAAGUGGAUAUUCUACAAGCAUGGCAUGGCUGCUCAGAGAGCGCUUGGGAUGGUAUAA